AUGCGCAAACUCCCGAGUUCCGGCUCCGCACCCGCCAGGGAGCUCUCAAGCGCGGCAAGUGCUACCUCCCUUACUCCCAGGCAAGAGGAGGAGCGGAGCAGCCCAGCCCAGCGCGGCGCAGGCACCCGCGGCCUCCCUCCUCCGAGGCAGAAGCCCCGCGAAUCCAGGCAGCGCACUGCGCAGCCCCCUUGGCUCGCCUGGGCAGCUGCGGCGCUCCCUCACCUUGUCGCCUUCCGGCCCAGCAGCAGGGCAGCCGCGAUGCUCGCCCAUGGCGCACAGAGGCCCCGGCUCAAGGGCAGCGCCGCCGGGCGACUGGCGGAGCCAGACCAACAGGCAGCAGCAGCAGCAGCAGCAGCUACGGGAACAGCCAACGCCGCGGACACAGUUCCGAGGAGGCCUCGGCGGCAGCAGCCACAGCUCCUCCACUGCCGGCCCCGGGGGCGGGACCAGAGGCUGGCCGUGCGAAAGGAAAAUAGUCAGGCUAGAACAAUAUUACUACUGUGCAACCCACAGAAUGAACAUAAGAUUUUAUACCUGAUUCAUCAUUGAAAGAAGUAAAGCUGAUCAGCAUUUGCACGUUUACUUCACCACAGCCAUUUACUAGAAGCCUG